UUGUGUAACACAUACACUUUCACAAAACCCUGCGAACUAGCAGAAGACAGAACUCUAUCCAGAAGAAGUGAGGCCAAAAGAAGGAAGCGGAAGCCAUGGUGAAGCGAGUGGCAAUCGUUGGAGCUGGGGUGAGCGGUCUGGCCUCCAUUCGGAGCUGUGUGGAAGAGGGGCUGGAGCCCACGUGCUUCGAGAGGAGUCAUCAUGUCGGUGGACUGUGGCAGUUCUCGGAACAUGCAGAAGAAGGCCGGGCCAGCAUUUACCGGUCCGUGUUCACCAACUCCUCCAAAGAAAUGAUGUGUUUCCCCGACUUUCCUUAUCCAGACCACUUCCCCGUUUUUAUGCACAACAGCAAACUCCAGGAGUACAUUGUCCUGUUUGCCCAGGAAAAGGAUCUUUUCAAAUACAUACAGUUUAAGACGUUUGUCCACAGCAUCAAAAAACGCCCUGAUUUCUCUACCACCGGACAAUGGGAUGUAAUCACGGAAAAGGAUGGGAAACAUGAAACAGCCGUAUUCGAUGCUGUGAUGAUUUGUUCUGGACAUCACGUUUAUCCCAAUCUACCAGUUGAUUCUUUUCCUGGACUAAAAGACUUCAAAGGCAGCUACUUCCACAGCCGGGAUUAUAAGGGGCCCGAUGCAUUUGAGGGAAAGAGAGUCCUUGUGAUUGGCCUGGGGAAUUCUGGUUGUGAUAUUGCAACUGAGCUCAGUCACAAAGCUGCACAGGUCAUCAUCAGUUCCAGAAGUGGCUCAUGGGUGAUGAGUCGUGUUUGGGAUGACGGCUACCCUUGGGACAUGGUGUAUAUAACGCGUUUUAAAAACUUUCUCCGAAACAACCUCCCAAAGUCCAUCUCCAACUGGCUCUACGUAAAGCAGAUGAAUACCCGAUUUAAACACGAGAACUACGGCUUGAUGCCUUUAGACGGAACUUUGCGGAAAGAGCCCGUGUUCAACGAUGAGCUUCCAGCCCGGAUCAUCUGUGGCAAGGUGACGGUCAAGCCCGACGUGAAGAAAUUCACAGAGACCUCAGCCGUGUUUCAGGAUGGGACGGUGUUUGAGAACAUUGAUUCUAUCAUCUUCGCAACUGGCUACAGUUACGCGUACCCCUUCCUUGAUGGAAGCAUCAUCAGAAGCAGAAACAAUGAGGUCACCUUGUAUAAAGGCAUCAUUCCUCCUCCACUCGAGCAGCCGACCCUGGUGGUGAUUGGCCUUGUCCAGUCUCUUGGAGCAGCUAUCCCCACCAUGGACCUGCAGGCCCGCUGGGCGGUGAGAAUAAUAAAGGGACUGUGCCAUUUACCCUCUGUGAAAGACAUGAUGGAUGACAUUGAUGAGAAAAUGGGGAAAAAACUCAAAUGGUACGGUCAGAGCCAGACUCUACAGACGGAUUACAUCGUCUACAUGGAUGAGCUUGCCUCUUUAAUAGGAGCAAAGCCCAGUAUGCUCAAGCUGUUCCUGAGCGACCCCAAGCUGGCCACUGAGGUGUAUUUUGGGCCAUGCAGCCCGUAUCAGUUUCGCCUGAGCGGCCCAGGGAAGUGGGCUGGAGCCCGAGAUGCCAUCCUGACCCAGUGGGACCGGACGCUGAAGCCCAUGUGCACGCGAGUUGUCAGUGCUCCUCAGAAGCCUCGCCCGUUCUUAAAGAUUCUCAGGCUCCUUUGUCUACCUCUUCUAGUUCUUGUGGCCUUGCUGGUAUUCACCUGAUGAUUUAGUAAUCUUUUAGUGGUUUUAAACAAGGUGCCUAGCAAUUCCUUGGGAAGGAACCGCAUUAAUAAAAAUCAUGGAGAAUUCAACAUUUCCUACUUUCCCAAUCUUCAUCUUCCCCACGUGCAGGACUGUCCUAGAUCAGCUGUGAUCCGGUGAAAACAAGCAAUUUUACACCAGCUGUGGCUAUCCUAUAAUCAGGACCUUGGGAAGAAGUCUCAGAUCCUCAGAUGCAUCAGGCCUGAAAAGGGUCCUGUAUUCCACUUUCAAAGGUAUAACAGGAAAGAAAAUCCAACUUCCAAAUGGUUUCAGUUCAUACCCUCUGUCCCUGUCAGCAUUUUCUUCCUUCUAAGAAGCCCAAAAAUUUGAGUUGCCCUUUUGUUUGACUAACAGAAAAGAGCUCAAAUAUCUACACAUGCUACUUUCCUUCAAAGAGGCAAUCAGACCAUUAAUUGUCUUUAAUCCCCAUUUUACAGAUAAGGUAAUUGAGGAACAGAGAUGUGAAGUGACUUGAUGGAGACUACACAGCAGACAAAUGGCAGAGCUGGGGUUAGAACCCAUGUCCUCUGACUCCCAGGCCAGUGCUUUAAAGCACCACAAGACCACACUGCCUCUCCUCAGUAAGAUCCCCCCAGGCUAGAUUUAUUCGGAGUUCUCAACCUGUUGUCUUUCCUAUAAUUCCACCUCCCGGAGAAGUCUUUUUAUCAGAUGAAAACUAAAUAUGUGAUUUAUG